AUGGCUCACGAUUCUAUGUUUCUGGCUACAUGGAUUAGGGAUCUGGAAAGGAUCUUUGAAGUGCUGCACUGUAAUGACAGCAAUAAAAUCAGGUGUACCACUUACCAACUCCGUGGCGAUGCCAAUGCUUGGUGGCAUUCCUCUAAGGAAAACUUUUGGGCCAAGUACCCUAAUGCCAUUAGGGCACAGUUCACAGAGGCCUUCCUUGAGAACUAUUUUCCAUGGAACUUUUGCGAUAAGAAAGAAGCCGAGUUUAUGAACAUCAAUCAAGGGUCUAAGUCAGUCCUUGAAUAUCAACAGACCUUCGAGGAUCAUUUCUAUUUUUCUCCAAAGUACAUGAAGACUAAGGAGGUCAAAACAAGGAAGUUCGAGAGAGGGUUGAGGCCCAAUCUCAGUACUUUUGUGGUGCUGCACAAGUAUCCUACUUAUGCAGAGGUAGUCCAGGCUACCAAAGUUAUCGAGGACCAGCAAAGGGAGAACUACAGGGCCAUACAAGCUGGCAAGAGGCCCAUAUCUUCUUUUGAUUGCCUAGGGCCUAGCAAGUUCCAGAAGAAGGGACCCUACACGGCUACAUCUCCAAUUCAGCCCCGCAGACUUGAUGCGGCCCAAGCCCCCAAGUCCACACCUAGUCCUCACUAUGGGACCCAGACCCUCAUAUGCUACAACUAUAAGAAGUCUGGCCACAUGAUCAAGGAUUGA